UCCACCAGAGGCUCAGUUCUGUCCUUCUCUCUCUUCCCUUCCCUCAUUGUGGAGUUAGCUUUUCUUUAUUAUUUCAUCAGCACAAGCAUAAAAGUCUUGGCCAAUCAUAUUCCCAUCUCACGUAUUUCACUUCUCUCUCCUAAAUUCCAGUGAGAGAGGAUGGUUCUGCAGUAACACAGACUGAGCUCACUGAACAUCUCCAUGCAGAUUGGACUCUGAGGAGUAGAAUGAAAGAAGUGGGGAAUUUCGUCGUGUUUUUCUGCUUCUUCUUGCUGUUCUUGGCCGUAUCUGGUUCGGCAGCUUCGCCCAAGAAGCGGCCGCAGCUCCACCAAGAUGAAGUGAGGGCAUUGAGAGAGAUUGCAAGAAGACUUGGGAAGAAGGAUUGGGAUUUUAGCAAGGAUCCCUGCAGUGGAGAAGGGAAUUGGACUGUGGCUCUUACAAGAAAAGGAUUUGAGAGCAAUGUCACUUGCGAUUGCUCUUUUGAUCAGAGCUCUACUUGCCAUGUUGUUAGCAUAGAUUUGAAAGCACAGAAUCUAACAGGAGGUGUUCCACAAGAAUUUGCCAAGCUUCGGCAUCUUACACAUUUGGAUCUUAGUCGCAAUUACCUUAAUGGUACCAUACCUCUUCAGUGGGCUAAAAUGGGCUUGGUUGAUGUGUCCUUUAUGGGAAACAGAUUGUCUGGUUCAUUUCCGAAGGUUUUUACCAGAAUGACCACCCUUGUCAACCUGAGUCUUGAGGGGAACCAAUUUUCUGGACCCAUUCCUUCAGAGAUCGGACUCUUGGUGAAUUUACAAAAACUCAUUUUAUCAUCGAAUGCAUUCACUGGCGAUUUACCUGUGACACUUGCCAAGCUGACCUCCUUGACUGACUUGAGGAUAAGCGACAAUAACUUCACAGGAAAAAUUCCGGAUUUUAUCAGCAGCUGGAAACAAAUCGAAAAACUGCACAUGCAAGGUUGUUCCCUUAAGGGCCCGAUUCCUUCUUCCAUCUCUACCCUGACAAGCUUAAGUGACUUGAGAAUCAGUGAUUUAACAGGUGGAGGAUCGACUUUUCCCCCACUAAGCAAUAUGAAGUCCAUGAAAGUCCUGAUACUGAGGAGUUGCUUAAUACAUGGAGAGAUCCCUGACUAUAUUGGAGAUAUGAAAAAAUUGAAAAAUCUGGACCUUAGCUUUAAUAAUUUGACUGGAGAAAUUCCUGCUUCUUUCUUCCAUCUUACAAAAGUGGAUUUUAUGUAUUUGACAAGAAAUAGACUUACUGGACGAAUUCCGAGUUGGAUUUUAGCAAGAAACAAGAAUGCAGAUCUGUCCUAUAACAAUUUUACAUUGGAUAGCUCAGCACCAGUUGAAUGCCCACGAGGGAGUGUAAAUUUGGUGGAGAGCUACUCAUCAACACCUAAUAAACUUGGUAGACAUCCGUGCAUGAAGCGAGAGUAUCCAUGUUUGGAUCCGAGAAAUCAGCAGCGUUACUCAUUUCACAUUAAUUGUGGCGGCAAGGAACUGAACAUCAAUAAUAAGACAAUAUAUGAUGCUGAUUUAGAAGCCAGAGGUGCUUCAAUGUAUUAUUGGAAGCAGAACUGGGCGUUUAGCAGCACUGGGAACUUCAUGGAUAAUGAUAUCGACUCUGACAACUACAUAGAGACCAAUGUUUCUAUGCUAUAUAAUGUGACUGCACCAGUAUCUGAACUAUAUAGAACUGCACGUGUAUCUCCCCUCUCUCUCACGUACUAUGGCCUUUGUCUCCUGAAUGGAAACUACACUGUUAGGCUCCAUUUUGCGGAAAUCAUGUUUACAAAUGACAGUACAUUCAACAGCCUUGGUAAGCGCAUAUUCGAUGUCUACUUGCAGGGAAAGUUGGUUUUGAAGGAUUUUGAUAUUGCAGCUGAGGCUGGUGGGCCUGGCAGACCCAUCAUAAAGACUUUCACUGCAGUAGUAACAAGCCACACUCUGAAGAUUCAUCUUUACUGGGCAGGAAGAGGGACCACAGGCAUCCCACAGAGAGGAACUUAUGGGCCUCUAAUAUCAGCCAUAUCAGUAGAUCCAAAUUUUAAACCUCCUGUUCAUCACAAAAAGUUUAGAACUGCUGUGGUGGCUGGGACAAUAGCUGGAGCAGUUUGCUUUCUAACUCUAAUCCUAUGCUUCAUGCAUGAAAAAGGCUAUCUUGGAGGCAAAAUUUCUGCAGAUAAAGAUCUUAGAGGUUUGGAUCUGCAAACAGGUUUAUUCACAUUAAGACAGAUCAAGGCUGCAACUAAGAACUUUGAUCCUGAAAACAAGAUUGGUGAGGGUGGUUUUGGUUCAGUUUACAAGGGUCUACUGUCAGAUGGAACCAUAAUAGCAGUGAAGCAGCUUUCGUCAAAGUCUAAACAGGGAACACGGGAAUUUGUCAACGAAAUAGGAAUGAUAUCUGCGCUGCAACACCCAAACCUAGUAAAGCUUUAUGGUUGUUGUGUUGAAGGAAAUCACUUAAUGUUAAUCUAUGAGUACAUGGAAAAUAAUUGUCUAUCCCGUGUUCUCUUUGGAAAGGAUGCAACACAAAAGCUGAAGUUAGACUGGCCCAUGAGACAUAAGAUUUGCCUUGGCAUAGCCAGAGGUUUGGUUUACCUCCAUGAAGAUUCAAGAGUAAAAAUAGUUCAUAGAGACAUCAAGACCAGUAACGUUUUGCUCGACAAAGAUCUGAAUGCAAAAAUAUCUGAUUUUGGCCUGGCAAAGCUUAAUGAGGAUGAUAAGACCCAUAUUAGUACCAGGAUUGCUGGGACUAUAGGUUAUAUGGCUCCAGAGUACGCAAUGCGUGGUUACCUGACUAACAAAGCAGAUGUGUACAGCUUUGGCGUGGUUGCACUGGAAAUAGUCAGCGGUAAAAGCAACACCAACUACAGGCCAAAAGAAGAUUUCGUGUAUCUUCUUGACUGGGCUUAUGUUCUUCAAGAGAGAGGCAGUCUACUGGAGUUGGUCGACCCCGACUUGGGGUCUGCAUACUCAUCGGAGGAGGCGAUGGUGCUGCUGAACGUGGCCCUUUUAUGCACCAAUGCAGCCCCCACUCUGAGGCCAACAAUGUCUCAGGUGGUGAGCAUGCUCGAAGGUCGAACCCCUGUUCAGGACUUGCUUUCUGAUACUGGAUUUUCAACCACUGAUUCCAAGUACAAAGCCAUAAGAAAUCACUUCUGGCAGCACCCCAGCGUAAGUCAUAGCAUGUCGACAAAUGGUCCGUAUUCUGACUCAUCCCUCUCAAAUACAGAAAGGGAAGAAAAUGGCAUGGUUCAAAGAACUCCUGAAGAUGUGCCUGAUAAGAACUGAGUAGCAUUACUGUUUACCAAGCAAUUGUACAUAACAUAUGUAGUCUUCAUAGAAUACCUUUUUUGUGUGUUCUCUUUGAAAAUUUUGGGGACCAUAAAUACUAAUAUUAUUUAGCUCGCGGUCUCUUUGUUUUA